AAGAGCCUGUGAAAGAUAUCAUAUCACUUCACUUAUCACACGUAAGGCCUCUAAGGAGAUUAUGAGCUAGAAAUUAGUUUCUGUGUUAAUUUCAUUACUGAAGAGAAGAACAUAAUUAGGUUCAAAAAUGUGGCUGGAUGAAGCAGACGGCUUUGCCGAAAUAUUCAAAGGCUAUUUGCCUUUUUAUCUUUUCGUUGCCCUACCUAUUUUCAUUAUAAUGUCUCCAGUGAAUCCUGUGGCAGCCUCACACGAAUUUUCCGUGUACAGAAUGCAACAAUAUGACUUACACACAGUUCCCCAUGGUUGUCGUAGUGCCAGCUUCAACUUAGAAGGUCGUUCUUUAACAUCAUGGAGCACAUCACGUCACUGUGUCGUUGCACGCGUACAGGACAUAACUUUAGAACAGUUCCUAGAAAUCCGCAAUAAGGCUGGGGCGUUGUUAUUAGUAUUACCUAAAAAUGAAACUCUUUUGACGCCUGAAGAAAGAGAGCAUAUUCAAUUGCUGGAAAUGGCGAUGGUACAACAAGAGAUCAAUGCACCCGUUUACUUUGCUCGUUGGACUCCUGAAAUGGAGGACAUUCUGGCUGACCUCCAGCAUAGUUUUAUUACGGAUGACAAGUCAGGAACCGCUCUAGAGGCAAUGUUCAACACUGUAUCAUCAAAUGGAUAUCAAAUCGUUGUCUCAGCCCCGACUCCACAGAAGCUCGAUUCUAAACCAGUCACGUUACACGGCAAACUUAUUGGGCGCUCUGGUUCAGCUCAAACCAUUGUUAUUGCUGCAAAUUACGAUUCCGCUGCCCUCGUACCGGAAAUAUCCCAAGGUGCAGAUUGUAAUGCAUCAGGAGCGGUAGCAUUACUGGAAUUAGCCAGGAUAUUCUCGCGUAUAUACUCAACGGCUGGGGGGCGCGGAGCUCCGACUUUGGUCUUUGUGCUGACUUCGGUGGGGCACUCGCUCAACUAUUUCGCCACUAAGAAAUGGCUAGAAGAACAAUUGGACUCCAGUGACGCUUCAUUGCUUCAAGACGUGUCGUUCGUGAGCUGCAUGGAGUGCGUGUCGCGCGGCCCGGUGCGCAUGCACGUGUCCCGCCCCCCGCGCGCGCCCUCCCCCGCGCACUCCUUCCGCGCGCGGCUCGGGGCGCCGCUGCAGCACAAGAAGAUCAACCUCGCCGACGAGCUGCUCGCCUGGCACCACGAGAGGUUCAGCAUCAGGAGGAUGACGGCCUUCACUCUUAGUUCAUUGCAGAGUCACAAAGAUUCAGGAAGGAGUACAGUGCUGGAUACACCGUCUGAAGACAGAAUCCAAAAUUUAGUAUCAAACGUGGCCAGGAUAGCACGUGCUCUGGCCUCACAUAUUUACAACAUCACUGAUGAUGAGAACGAUGAGGAUGCAGGUUUAUAUGAUGAUGUACUGAAUGUAGAUGAGGCAGCAAUAAGAUAUUGGUACAAUUAUUUAUCAUCUCAAUCAAGAUCGGCUCACAUAGUCACAACAUCACCAAACGGAGGUGUGACCGGGGCAUUAGAAAGAGUAUUAUCUAGAUACAUGGAGGUUACCGUGAGCACACACGCCGUCGAUAAACGAGAGCCUGAGUAUACUCUGUACUCACCCACUAGCGCCACCUUGUACGUUUACAGCGUUAAGCCGGCGGUCUUCGAUCUCAUUCUAACAUUAGCGAUAGUUUGUUAUUUAGCUGUAGUUUAUUUCGCGAUACAAGCCUUCCCGCGUUUCUACGAAGAAUACGCGAAGAUCGUUACGGGCAAGACCAAAGUACAAUAGAGAGUUGUUACGUUACUGUGUGGGAAGGGAACUGAAAGCUUACAAAGACAGCUAGCUAUACACUCGUUCUCCGUAGUAACUUCUAUUUUUUUUUAACUGAAAAGGUACAAGGUAUCAUACCAUACAGCCUGAUCCUUUAUAAAUUUUUUUUAUGAGAAAUAAUAAUAUGAAGUCAAAUGAAAUGAUUGAUUAAUUUUACAUUAAUUUUCAUUAAUCAAUUGGCAUGAAAUAAGAUGUGGUGAUAUGGGAUGAAAAAAAUCUCAGUAAAAAGGUGGUUAUUUACUGAGACUUUCAGUAGACUUUUGGAGGAACUCGAGAAGCUACGUCCAGCGGCUUUGUUUCAUUUUUCUACAUUUGUGCACUUUCACAGAUACUAAACAGUUCAUAAAUCACUGUUAUUACAUAUUUAAACCUAAAGAAACACUAAAUAGACUAAAUAAAACAAUUCUCGCGACUUCGAUCCUCGCGUUCCCGCCAAAAGUCACACUGGUUCUCAAUAUUUGCUGUCGCAAUUCAAUUUGACAUUGGCUGUCAUUCGCAUCUGUCAACGCGAUUUGCAUUUUGUCAAAUUCGAAUGACCCUGCCGAAGGGGUCGGUUGACAUAAGUCAUAAAUAUUAAGUCCGUGUUACUGAAGUAAUUGUUAAGUUUAAAUGUGGUAUUUUAAAAGAACGUAUUAUGUAAAAUGAUCUAAAAAUAUUCCCGCACAGUGAAAGUGAAUAAUAAUUUAUUUGUAUUGUAAAUGUUGUACAUCGAUUAUUUAUAGAUGCAAUGAAGAAAACGGAUACAUGCAAAGUUGAGUUUUAUGUAAUAGUGCAUAAGUUCGAUUGUCAUUCUUGAAUGCAUAUACUAGCAGUAUGCUUUAAUAUUGUAAUGUGUAAAUAAUGAUCAAUCACCGUCAUCUAUCGAACUCCGAGACAGUAUUGUGCUUCAAUGGAAAUGUUAUUGAGAGAAACCGUCGUCCCAAAAUUAUUUUGCAUUAACUUCAUUAUUGGACAACACUAAAUCGAUAUUAAAAUAUAUCGAUUAAGAAAAACGCUCACUCAUGGUCCAUGGUUUUGUAUGGAAUAUUUGAAAACUAAAAAUCAAUAAGCUCGUCUCGGAGUUUGAGACAAAACUGCUCCCGCACUUAGAUCCAGCUCUAUAUUUAUCUUUUGUAUUUUUGUUGAACGAACAUUGACGUAUCCAGUACUUUAAUUCGUUGUUCUCACAAAGGAUCCUAUUGAAAAAAAAAAGCGGUUUAAUGUCGCUUCCAGUGUUAUUUGUAGCGGUUAAGUUCUUCGGUUAAGGGUAGCGCCGUAGUAUCAAUCGAUUCUUAUUUGAACACAUAUCAAGAAAAAUUAUCAGCCAAGACCGUAUGUUCAAAUCCACUAUGGAUCUAUUAGCUUCAAAUCGUUGAUUUUCAUUCUAUAAAUUCUCCAUUUUCGAAUCCUUCGCUUGUCAUUAAUAAUGACAUUGUUCUCUUGGGUAUCUCGAAGUUUAUAUCCUCAGGGAUCUUGCUGAGCAUAUUACUGGUGGUAGGACCUCUUGUGAGUCCGCACGGGUAGUUACCACCGCCCUGCUUAUUUCUGCCGUGAAGCAGUAAUGCGUUUCGGUUUGAAGGGUGCGGCAGUCGUUGUAUCCAUAUUGCGACCUUAGAACUUAUAUCUCAAAGUGAGUGGCGGCAUUUACGUUGUAGAUGUCUAUGGGCUCCAGUGACCACUUAAUACCAGGUGAGCUGUGAGCUCGUCCACACAUGUAAGCGAUAAAAAAAAACUAUCAAAUCGUAGCUAAGUCAAUAGUUUUGUUUCUGGUCAUACCACUGCUAAAUAUACUUGUGUUAUCACACGAAAUGCACCAAAGCGACAUUUUGUUUUGAACAAUAAAACGUACAUAUAAUGUUUUGGUUUACGGUUUUGAAUUUAUAACGGUUUUUAUAAGAGUUUAAAAAAGUACAUUGUUAUUUAUUUAAGUGUUUAUUUUUAGAAAUUUCGGGAAGAAAUAAAACCCGACUUCAAAUCGUUCGAGAUAAAUACAUACGUACAAAUUAUUUAUCUUGAUUUCAAAACUAUUAUGAUUUAUUUUACAGUUUCGAAUAUUCCUUUUUCCGCGUUCACGGACGAAAACGUUCUUGACACGCAAUUUUUGCUUUUAAAAAUUACUUUAAUCUCCAAUUACUAUAAUAGAAAAAAAAAAAAUACAAUCGAACUGGCAACAUAAAAUUCAAUGUUGCCAGUAAAAAGUCUAACAUGAUAACUAUGUAAAAGACGUUUGUUGUGUAUUUAAAUUAUAAAAAAAAGGUAAUAUGUAUAUUAAAAAAAAAAAAAGAUUCAGAAAGCAAUAAUUGAUUCCGUUUUUAUUGAACUUUGAGAGUGUGUAAGUUAAUGUAUGAGAAGUUCGAAUUAUUAUUCCAUUACCGGCUGCAUAAGUUUUUGUGGGUACACAUAUAUUUUUAUUUUAUAAACAAUAUGCUCGAACAAAUAUAAAGGUUUUAGAUUCAUAUUCUCCACUAGUUCAUUUAUAAUUAGUUAAGGAACGGGUUUGUAUUUGGUGGAUUAAAAAAGAACAUUGGACAAAGUGUAGCUGAUUUCACAAAUACUCAGAUUAAAUGAUUUGUCAAUAAUUAUUAAAUUUCACAUUUUAGGGUUUUAUUUAUUUAUUUAUAUAUUGUAAGACUUAUGAAGAAAGACAGACCAAUUGUGGUUGAAUUUGUUAAAAUUCACGUACAGAACCCUGAUUGGUUUGAAUAUAAUAUAAUAAUAAAUUAGAAAUUUAUAAUGAUUUUUUUCUGGUUGUUGCGAGCCGUUUCGAGGCGCCUCACAAACUAGCACUUCUGUUUUACAUAACAAGUGUACCCUAUCCGAUGUAGAAACGCGACUAAAUCUUCAAUAUCAUGUCUAAAUGUGGAGACUUCCACGCGGUUGAUUCCGGUCGCCAUCUGACUUCAGUGUGCUUAGUGCGAGUUUUUUAACGUUCUGGAUAGCGUAAAAGUUAACUAAAUUUUUAUGCAGUUGAAACAGCGCCCCUAGCGGCAAACAUAGGCAAAUAUGAGCUAACUUUUACGCUAUCGGGAACGAUAAAAAACUCCCACUAAGCACACGGAUGGGCUGUGAGCUCAGCCUUCUAACUAUUAUUUUAAUCUAAUCAAAUUGCCGUUACAACGUUAAUAAAUUUUAUGCAUUUGUUGAGAUAUAAGAGUACCUUUUACGAGUCAUUCUACCAGUUAAUUUUUAACCGUCCCAAUAUAUAUAUAUAUAUUUAAUUCCUUCCGUAUUUAAGUUCGUUCUUUAGAUAAAUUCAGUCGCCGUUGCACUUUAAAACAUUAAGAGAAAUAACCUUUUAAAGAAAAUAAUACGUGUACCGUUCUAAUAAAAGCUGAUUUUACGUUUGAAUCGCGCGUUUAUUUCUUACAUAUUAAUACUUCAAUCGCCCGUGACCCAGUGAUGGGCAAAAAGUAAUCAGAUCAGUAAUAAUUACAAAUUACGGUUACAUUGUAAUCGGUAAUUGAGAUACUUUGUUAAUAGUUGUAGUUUAAUUACUAAUAGCGACCCGCCCUCGCUUCGCUUCGGAAACAUUAAAACACACAUGAAACCAAAAAAAUAAAAUAAAAUUUUUUUAAAAAAAAGUAGCCUAUGUUCAUCAGGGACAAUGUCGGCUUCUAAUGGAAAAAUAAUUUUUCAAAUCGGUCCAGUAGUUUCGGAGCCUAUUCGAAACAAACAAACAAACAAAUCUUUCCUCUUUAUAAUAUUAGUAUAGAUUAGAAUACAAAAGUAACUAGUUACGCCCAUCACUGCCGUGACCACGGUAGUUUGUAAUGUGUUCGAGAAAACUCUCAAAUAAUAAAUAUUAAUUUAUGAAAUUAGUAUCAUGUCUACAAUUCGGAAAUACCGAAAAAAGAAAGUAUAUUGUAAUUUAUUGUGUUGUAAAUAAACAAAUAAAUAAAAUAAAAACGGCUGGAUUUAAAGAAAUAAUUUCGAUGCCUCCAAUGAACACUACUCUAACUCCAAAUUCGUAGAUUUACGGGAGGAGCGUUUAAACGAAAAAAGUUGAUAAAAUCUUUAUUAUUGCAAAUAUAUUUAUGUUUUUUUUGUGUAACUAGCUGAUUUACUCUUGCUUCGAACCCCAUUAAUAAUGAUUAAUUGUAAUACUUUUAAAAUAGUGAAGCGAUUUGCGUGAAAAACGAAAAUUUCAAUAUUUUGAGUUAGAGUAAUCUUCAUUGGAGGCAUCGAUUUGAAAUGGUAAUUAAUAAAUGCUACCGUUCUUUUUCAUUAUUGAAAAGUGAAAAAAGUUUAGCGGUGAAUUUAACACACAGUUAUUUUGGAUGAACUUGCUUUUUGUAUAAGGAUUUUAUAACAGGUGUUCUCUGAAGUAGUUCAGUUUGUAUUUUGUACUCGAGAAAAUAUGGUUUAAAACUGUCGCUUUCAUUACACAGGCUGAUGGGACUGGUGUGGUUUACGAUUUCACCACACUGAAUUCGAUAAUCUGGGUUAUUUUACCACGAUUUUCGCAUUUAUACAGUUCCCUUGGAGAGAUACAAUCAGCUAAGUUUGGCUUCGUAAAGCGUCAUCUUUGUCGCACGAAACACUAACGGUGUGCUUAGUGCGAGUUUUGUAACGUUUUCGAUAGCGUAAAAGUUAACUUAAGUUUGUAUGGGUAACGUUUGCCUACGUUUGCCGCUAGGGGCGCUUUUCCAACUGCAUCGUGUAAUAAAAGUGAAACCCGCAAAAUUAUAAUUUGCGUAAUUACUGGUGGUGAUAGGACCUGUUGUGAGUCCGCACGGGUAGGUACCACCACGCCGCCUAUUUCUGCCGUGAAGCAGUAAUGCGUUUCGGUUUGAAGGGUGGGGCAGCCGUUGUAACUAUACUGAGACCUUACAACUUAUAUCUCAAGGUGGGUGGCGCAUUUACGUCGUAGAUGUCUAUGGGCUCCAGUAACCACUUACAUGCGUACAAAUUUGAGAUAACUUUUACGUUAUCGAGAACGUUAAAAACUCGCACUAAGAGAUUGUACACAAAACUGCGAUGCGACGUUGUAUCGUAAAAAUCUACGAGCUCCCACGACGCAUCGCAAGAACUUGCGAAUUGAUUCGCAUCGCGCAUUCCUGCGAUGCUAAAAUAUUGUGGAAUUGAACGCCAAAUGUGGAAGGGAAAAACGCCUUGCCGCACGAAAUCGCACUGCAGCAAUUCGUGUCGCAUUUGAGUCGACUAUUAUCAAAGCCGGCAAUGUGACUUUUGGACAAUUAUUGGUAAAUCAGAAAAACGAAUUAUUGACUUUGUAUUCCAUUGGCAGUCACAAAACUCUUCUGAACGACAUCUUAGAUAAAUAACAGGUUAAGUAUUAACCUUUAUUUAAUGCAGGUUUUGAACCGUAUUCUUUGAAGGAGACGAUUAUAUUCAAAUCAAUCUGUAUUGACAUAUCAAUAACAUUUUUUUGUCCAAAUGCACAGAUUGCCACCUUUUAUAAUAGACGACUCAUUUAUGUGUGUUGCAAAUUCGCAUCGCGUUGAUUCACAGUUUUGUGUACAAACCCUAAGCACCGCACUCAAAUAACGACGGACACACGUCACACGGGUAGACUUGAGUGCGACAGAGACAGCGCUCCACGAAAUCGAAAUUAGCCGAUUGUCUCUUUUCAAAAGUCGAUGUGCAGUCUUUACCGCCGGGUACUGCAUUUAAGCUAUGCUAUAACCUAUAAGCUAUGAAUAGUUGUUAUUUUUGUGUUUAAUAUUAACGAAUACCAAUUUAAUUCUGUACGUUGAUAAAAUAAACACUAAAGGUUUAAUAAAAAGGCGUUUCGUAUAGUUUUUUUUUAUGAAUAUUUUAUUUUCGGAAACUCAAGUAUAUUACAGCUAUUAGGUAUAUAUCACAUAGGAGUCGUCUAUUAUCAAAGGUGGCAAUCUGUGCAUUUGGACAAAAAAUAUAUAUUGAUAUGUCAAUACAGAUUGAUUUGAAUAUAAUCGUCUCCUUCAAAGAAUACGGUUCAAAACCUGCAUUAAAUAAAGGUUAAGAGUUAACCUUUAUUUAUCUAAGAUAUCGUUCCGAAGAGUUUUGUGACUGCCAAUGGAAUACAAAGUCAAUAAUUCGUUUUUCUGAUUUACCAAUAAUUAUCCAAAAGUCAGAUUGCCGGCUUUGAUAAUAGUCGACUCAUAUCUAACAAAUAGCAAAAAGCAAGUUCAAUCAGAGAACAAAGUAGCGUAACUAGUUUUGUGUUUAAGUGUAAAUGGUGAAUAAUGCGUGGAAUUGAGAUAAUAAAAAUGUUUUAAAAAAAGAAGAUUAUUAUUAUUUUAUUAACCUUGGGAGUAUUGGGAAUGGCUUUUUCUCUGGUUGGUGGGGAACCUACUGCAAAGUUCCCGCGUCUGAGGGAGUACGCGGCAUAUGUGGAACUCUGUGGCCACAGAUGGUACAAGCCCACCCAAUAAACAAUUACCCUGCAUCCUUGCUCGACUCCCGAUCCUGGCCAGAGAUAGAAUCCGGACAAGGUAAGAGUCAACAUUACAAUUACAAAUGAAUA